GCGAGAUAUGGAGGCGCUCUGGCGCGCCGAGGAGAGCUGAGCCCGAGUCCGGCGGCGGUUUCCCGUCCCCCCCCCAAAGGGUCCCGCGGCCUCCCGCCUUCUUCCCUUGCCUCCCCGGGGAGGGCGAGCCAGGCAAAGGACGCGGCGGCGGCAUGCUGGAGAGGCUGGCCAGAAAGAUAACCGGCUAGGAAGGCUGGAGGAGCAGCAGCGGCGGCGGCGGCGGCGGCCGGGCGAGAGGUUGGAGGCUUGCGGGGGUUGGCCCUCGGCCGGCGCCAGGCUCCCCUCUGCGGGGCUCGCGUGUUGAGCCGCGCUGGCUGAGAGGCAGCGGGCGAUGGAGGAGGAAGAGGAGCAAGCCUCGGCUGCCGAGUCCCAGGAGGGGGCCAGCGCCAGCGCCAACACCAGCACCGGCGGCGUCCCCGAAAGUUUCGCCAGGCUCUGGACGGAUGUCAUGGGGAUCUUGGAUGGGUCACUGGGCAAUAUUGAUGAUCUGGCUCAACAGUAUGCAGAUUACUAUAAUACCUGUUUUACUGAUGUAUGUGAAAGGAUGGAAGAACUGCGUAAACGAAGGGUAUCUCAAGACCUUGAUAUGGAGAAAUCUGAUGCCAGCUCCACAUCCCUACAGCUGCAAUCCCAGAUUGAAGAAUCCCUUGGCUUUAGCAGUGUAGCAUCCACACCAGAAAUAGAAAGAAAGUUCUCUCUCCAUAAAUCAAGUUCUGAAGAAAGUGCAGUUGGUAAAGUGGAUUGGAAAAAGAAGAAUAAAUACUUCUGGCAAAACUUUCGAAAGAAUCAGAAGGGACUAAUGAGACAGUCUUCAAAAGGGGAAGAUGUUGGUUAUGUGGCAAGUGAAAUCACAAUGAGUGACGAGGAGCGGAUCCAGUUAAUGAUGAUGGUCAAGGAGAAGAUGAUUACUAUUGAGGAAGCUCUUGCAAGGCUGAAGGAAUAUGAAACUCAACAUCGGCAAUCAGGAAACUUGGAUGCAUCUGAAUGGUCUGAAAGUCCUUAUCCGACAUUUGAUGUUUCUUCCAAUUGCAAUUCAAGAGAGCAAUCAGAUGAUGAAUCAGAGGAAUCAGUGAAGUUUAAGAGACUGCAUAAGUUGGUCAACUCAACUCGCCGAGUGAGAAAGAAAUUAAUUCGAGUGGAAGAAAUUAAAAAGCCCAGCACUGAAGGUGUGGAUGAUCACUCCUUUGAUACUCCCACAGGACCAGAUGCUCGACCUGCACUUUACUCUGGAAUUCACAAGAAACCAUUCGUUUUGGAUAAUUCCUGUGAAAAACAGCCAGAUAAUGAAAGUGAUUCACUGACCUUAUCUCCCUCAUCCAGCUGCCUGGACACUUGGGGUACAAACAGGAAAUUGCUGAAGACCUUCAGUAAAUCUGAUAGUCGUGGCCUUAUAAAACCGCCCAAAAAGCUUGGGACAUUCUUUUCUUAUCCAGAAGAGGAUAAAAUACCCAAAGUUUGUCGUUCUUUAACGGAUGGAGAAAUGAAGAACCUUGGCUCUCUCAGUCAUGGGAGAACCUGCAGCUUUGGUGGCUUUGAUUUGGCAAAUCGCUCACUGCACAUUGGAAACAGUUCAGAUCAAAUUGGAAAGGAUGGUGAUUUUGUCUACAAAGAGGUGAUCAAAUCCCCUUCGACUUCCCGUAUAUCCCUUGGUAAGAAGGUGAAAUCUGUAAAAGAAACCAUGAAGAAAAGAAUGUCUAAAAAAUACAGCAGCAGCAACUUGUCAGAGCAGGAACCCAAUCUGGAUGUAAGGCCAGAGUCUCUUCAGGCACCACAGCCAGAUACCGAUACUUUGGAUAAACCAAAGUUAAAAGCUGGUGGUUCAGUAGAAAGUUUGCGGAGUUCCCUCAGUGGCCAAAGUUCAAUGAGUGGGCAGACGGUAAGCACAACUGACUCUUCGACUAGCAAUAGAGAAAGUGUCAAGUCUGAAGAUGGUGAUGAGGAAGAACUUGCAUACCGAGGGCCUUUCUGCGGUCGUGCCAGGGUUCACACUGACUUUACCCCCAGUCCUUACGAUACAGAUUCUCUUAAGCUCAAGAAGGGUGAUAUUAUUGAUAUAAUUAGCAAGCCUCCCAUGGGUACUUGGAUGGGACUUCUGAACAAUAAAGUUGGUACUUUCAAAUUCAUCUAUGUGGAUGUGUUAAAUGAAGAGGAAGAAAAGCCUAAAAGGCCCACAAGAAGGCGCCGAAAAGGAAGAUUACAACAGCCCAAAUCUGUUGAGGAUCUCCUUGAUCGUAUCAAUUUAAAGGAGCACAUGCCAACCUUUCUGUUCAAUGGCUAUGAAGACUUAGACACCUUCAAGCUCCUGGAGGAGGAAGAUUUGGAUGAACUCAACAUUCGAGAUCCAGAGCACCGAGCUGUUCUCUUGACAGCAGUGGAGCUUCUGCAGGAAUAUGACAGUAACAGUGACCAGUCGGGCUCCCAGGAGAAGCUCCUUGUAGAUGGCCAAGACCUCAGUGGAUGUUCUCCCCGGGAUUCAGGCUGCUACGAAAGCAGUGAAAACCUGGAGAACGCUAAAAUACGACAGCCUUGUCUCCUGCCCUCAAAAUUAGCCAGUGAAUAUCAUUUUAAGGAUUUCCACCGAAACCCACUGGCGAAUUUUCCAAAUCUACCCUUAAUUAAAUCAACAGAAGCUUAUCAGCAAGAAAAGAAAAUCCAGGUCAGCUGUGUGCAUCCAGUCUCCAAAAACCGUCUCAAGCUGCCAGCAGCUAUGGAUCUCAAGAAGAAAGGUAGAAGUUUGCCAGUUGGUGUGUGCCGAAGCUGGGAAGUUUUAGAAAGAGCCCCAAAUAUACCGAUGUGGCCAAGAUCCCAUUCUCUCGGAGACCUUCAUGGAAAUGUUGGCACUGGUAGUAUAAAAUCAGCGGAGACAUCACCUCUGGAUUCAUCAAAAAAGUCAGCUGAAUCUGAAGGUGGUGGGCAGAUGAAAAAACUGUUGAUGGCUAAGCAAAGCAAAGAAGUUGUUGAUCCCCUUAAGGGGAAGAGAAAGGAAUUCCACUUGUCAGCAACCAUGCCUUCUACAAGAAUGUUCCCUCAGCAUUUGCCUGAGAACUGUGAUGCUCGGACAUCUUCCCUGUCAUAUGGUAUGACCUGGACUCCUUUUGAAAGUUGUAAAAAAAGCACCCAUGAUCUUGGAAGAGCUAAUACUUCUAUCUCCAAAGAAAAUGUGGAAACUGAUCAGAAGGACAUGAGUGAAGCAAAAAUGCAACCCAAAGCGUCUUCACAGCCACCGCCAGUCCCUGCAAAAAAAAACAGAGAACGCAUUUCUAAUGGACACUGUCAUCUCCCCUCAACUCUUUCUUGUUCAGAUGUACCAUCUUUGCCAGCAAAAAAAGUUACACUACAGGGUUCCUCCAGUUCCCAUGAACUGACUGCAUGCAGAACAUUUCCUGAUCAGGAACCCAAAGGUCCUUCCAUCAUAAGGCCUCCUUGGUUGUCUGACCUUCCAGAAGCAGCUAGUGUCCAGCAACAUGUGUUAAAACUAGACCCUUCUUCAGUAAGGAAGAUAUCCUGUAAUAGAGGACUGGAUCUUGAAAUGUUGAUAGAAAAUAAGCUGCAGUCUGAAGAUAUUGAUCUUACAGAGGAGCCCUAUUCUGAUAAGCAUGGCCGUUGUGGGAUUCCUGAACCUUUGGUGCAAAGAUAUGCUGAAGACUUAGAUCAGCCUGAAAAGGAUGUUGCUACAAACCUGGACCAAGUACGAGUGAAGCAGCUGAGAAAGCAGCACCGCAUGGCAAUUCCAAGUGGUGGCCUCACUGAAAUUUGCCGAAAACCUGUAUCGCCUGGAAAUAUCUCUUCUAUAACUGAUUGGCUAGUUUCUGUUGGCCUCCCAAUGUACUCAGUCUCUCUCAGAGCUGCAGGAAUCAAUGACUUAAGUAAAGUGCCUUCUCUGUCACAAACGUCACUUCAUGAGGCUGGCAUCACUGAAGAGAGGCAUAUAAGCAAGCUUUUAGCAGCAGCGAGACUUCUGAACCCAGAAACAAUUUAACUCAUUCUGGAAUAUAGUAUUUUUUUUUUUGUUGGAAAACCUAUCAUUUCUUUUAAAAGCAAUUUCAUCAUUAAUUGCUCUCGAAAAAGCUUUGGGAACAGGCAAAUCUGGUCCUGGAGAAGACUGGAGUUCUUUGCGGUUUCAUCCCUCUUCAUAUAAAACUGUAGUAUCAGCUGUCCACAACAGGGAAGUGGUAUGACCCUAGUUUUUCCUCAAAGAAAAGGCACAAGCAAUAGUUUUCGUUUGCUAAGGACUCUUAGCCUUGCUUUUGGCAUUACAAAAAAAAGGGGAUCAUUCUACAUUCUUGAAAAUUCAACAAACAUCUUCAGUUUUUGGGGAAAGGGGUUAGCAAAUUGUAGAUCUCUAGAUACUUUGGUUCUAUUAAAAGGCUAAGUGAUCAUUAAAUAUUUUUAAUCACUUAGCAUAGCUAAGUGAUCAUUAAAUAUUUUUAAUUCAAAUUUAUAUAUCCUAUACUGAGGGAAUAUGUAAUCCCAACAAACAUAUUAAAGAUUAGAUCUGUUUCUAACAGAGGUUCCUUUCACAUCCUUUCCAUUUCAGCAAUUUAUAUAAAAAUAUAUUAAUAAAGCACUGCCUUCCCAAUAUAGUUUCCUAGAAGGUGGAACUGGAGGUCAGAGUUGAGGAACACAGCUUUCGAAUUUCCCCAUAAACAGAAGAUGAGUCAUGGACCAACAGAUGAGGGCCACAGAUUUCCAUCUGACAGUAGCUAGGCGAGAGUUCUGAAUUUUAUACCUUUUAGCUGAUCUUCAUUGCAACUUACCAAUUUUUUUUAAAGCUCCUUUCUUUAGAAUAAAAGUUAUUUUUAGAAAUUUUAUUUAGCAGCCAGUUUUAAUUUGCCUUAAAAUGCUUUUGAGCAGUUUACUUACCAGUCUUCAGAUUUACAAGAUAUUUCAUUGUUGCAGUUUUAAUUUACCAAUAGCUUAUUUUAAAGAUUUCCUAUAUCUCACAACAUCUCCUUAUGUAAAGUUGCUGUUUUUGAAAUUGCAGACUUUAGUUCUCAGGCUAACAAGAUGUUCAUAGCUGUUAAUGUUUGCUGGCAUUACUAAAAGGCUGAAAGAUAUUUUGCCUUUUGUAUGUACAUAGAUAUAUAUAAAUAUGAUAAAAUGCGUUUUCAUGUUAAUUGCAAUUUUGUGUAUUGUGAUGCAUUGUUGUUUGGUUUGCAGCAGCUUUGACUUGGUAUCCUGACCAUAUCAGUGGGACAUGGGUUGUUCUGUCUUCCCCAAAGAAAACCUAACUGGCUGAAUAAGCAAAAUAUCACUCAUCAUCCAGAGAAUCAGAAAAGGAAUUCUAUUUCAGUGAGAUUUGGGGGGUAGGGGGAACUCUCAAGCUAUAAUUCCUGUAAGAGUAGCUAAACAUGUCAAUUAUUAGAUAUUGAAAUGAAUGGGUUGCUGAAGCAAACUGUUUUUGUGUUUUUCUUUGUGGUACCAUGUUCUUGUUUACUAAAACUAUUAAACUAUACAAUGUAAAAAUCUCUUCCUUGUUUCUGUGAAUAUAGAUAAACUUUAUUUUUGUACAUGAUUGGGCAUAUUAUAUACCAAAUAAGCUUGACACUUCGAUUGUCCAGUAGUACCUACUAACUGCUAAUUAGCUAUAAUAAUGAAGGCUUUUCAUGAUAAGUGAUGCCCCAAUAGUUUGAACAUAUAACGGACUCAGUCUGAGCCUGGGAACAUGAAGCCUAAUUUCAAGAUAGUUUCUCAUCACCUCUUUGUGCCUCCCAUUGCAUUCAUUACCUCUAAAAAAGAAAUCGUUUUACAACUUCAAAAAAUGCAAUAUUCAGCUAAGAACAUUUCUGCAAACCAUAAUUCUGCCUUUCCAAGAACUCUUUCUCACCAGAUAUCUUUCUCCUCUUACUGUCUUUAAGGUAUCAGGUAUUUGAGGACUUUUACUUUAAAAAAAUCUUACCAUUCCAACCUUCUCUAUUUUAUUAGUUUAUUGUGAUAAGCACAAAAGUGAUUAAAGAUUUCUACUCACUAAAGGAAAAAAGGACUGUGGUGAACAUUUCUUCUCAUGUACAAAUUUAUUGCUUUUUAAUUAAAUUAAUGGGUGACUAUAUAUGCAGAGAAAUGUGCUCCGCAUGUAGAUUGUGUGGUUAUAAGCUUGUAAGAUUAGCUGGAAUUCUCAUUUAUUUGUAAUAUACUGUAGAAGUUGAUUUUUUAAAAAAUUAUUACCAUAGAAGCUGGAAGGCAUAAUAUGUCAGGGUAUAAACAAUGGCACUAAGAUUUCACAUUUACAGAAUGACAAAAAGAAUCAGUAUUUUAUACAUCUCAAGAAGUACAUUCAUUAGGAAGGAUACGAAAUUGUUAAACUGAGAUCAGAAGUGCACAAAUCCAAUGCUGGUUCUGUUGAUAUUGCUAUUUACUUCAAUGUAUUGUUUAUUCUUUUAUUUCGCAUGCACACAAUCCUUAUGCAUAGAAAUUACAUAUUAUUUACAGUACAACAAUUAACGCAACUGCUGACCAUUUCCCUGGUAUUCAUAUUGAUUCUGAAAAAGUGUUAAAUCAUUUAGUAUUUCCAUGUUUCAGAGAAAGUCCAGGUGAUAGAAGAACCCUCUAGGUUGGAAGCUGUUAACAUUAAGCUAGACUCUUGUAUUGAUCUUCUACGGACAGGUAGGGCCAUUUUAAUAUCCAUGGAGGAUGGUUUUUAACCAGCAGUUAAUCAAAGAGGCAGCACUACAUGCUUCACGGACCUCCUGAGAAUUGUUCUAAUUAUAAAUUUGCCUUUGGGUGCAAGUGGUAAUGCUGUAAAUAAAGAUAUCAGAGCACAACUCCUCAUUAAUCUUAUUUAUGCAAACUGUACUGCAGCAAUAACGGUCAGUUCACCAAGUCAUAGCUGUACAUUUGUAUUGUAUUAUUUUUAAGCCACAUAUUUUGUCCAUACUAAACCCCUAAAUGCGAUUUAUUUGGGAGUUAAAAAAAAUAAGCAAGUUAUGUAACAACUAACAAAAGUUGCACUUUCUGUAUAUUUAAAUAACUUAUUUUUCUCCCAUUUACUGUUCUUAAAUAAUGUAAGUAGAUGUAAUAUACCAGCAUUUAUAUGUUCUUGCAAUUUGCUUCCAUUGCAGAAAGUUGUGUAAAGAGAAAAAAAAGGAAAGAAAAUCUUACAAAUGUGUAAAGAUUACCGUGCUGUUUUACAUCGAGAAAAGAAGCAGCAAAAUGACUUCUCUGUGUAUGAAAACAAGUCUACAAUUAUGUACUGUUGUUCAAAGGAAAAUAAAAUUC